UUCCUACUAACGGUUACUGACACAGUCGCGGCCCGCGUUUUCUUUCUCCGGUCAGUUUUUUUUCUCCGCCACACCGAGCGCCGCCGCAGACGGAGGUUUAGCGAGCGGAGACGGUUUGUUCUUCCUGUUUUGGUAAGUUUCUGAAGUCGGCGAUGGGGAACUGCAACGCGUGCCUAGGGUCUUCAGAAAAGGAUCCACAAACUCCGACGACGCCGCAAACGCCGAUAGGUCGGAAUAAGGCUCGCGAGCGCUAUGCGAACCCCUACGCUCGGUCGCCGGCGCCGAUUCGCGUGCUCAAGGACUUUUUCCCGCGGACGAGGAUCUCCGACAAGUACGUGCUCGGCCGGGAGCUCGGCCGCGGCGAGUUCGGUAUAACCUAUCUCUGCACCGACCGCGAGACUCGCGAGGCGCUUGCGUGCAAGUCGAUCUCGAAGAAGAAGCUUCGUACGGCGGUGGACAUCGAGGACGUCCGCCGUGAAGUUGCGAUUAUGUCGAGCUUGCCGGAGCAUCCGAACAUCGUGAAGCUACGCGCCACCUACGAGGACAACGAGGCGGUGCAUUUGGUGAUGGAGUUAUGUGAAGGCGGGGAACUCUUCGAUAGAAUAGUGGCGCGUGGACAUUACAGCGAGCGAGCUGCGGCUGGUGUUGCUAAAACGAUUGCGGAGGUUGUGAGGAUGUGCCAUCAACACGGAGUUAUGCAUAGGGAUUUGAAGCCUGAGAACUUCCUCUUCGCUAAUAAGAAGGAGAAUUCACCGCUUAAGGCUAUAGAUUUUGGAUUAUCAGUCUUCUUCAAGCCUGGUGAAAGGUUCUCAGAGAUUGUAGGAAGUCCAUACUACAUGGCUCCAGAAGUUCUGAAGCGAAAUUACGGUCCAGAAGUUGAUAUAUGGAGUGCUGGUGUGAUUCUCUAUAUUCUGUUGUGUGGAGUUCCUCCUUUUUGGGCCGAGAGUGAACAGGGUGUUGCAUUAGCUAUUUUAAGAGGAGUGCUCGAUUUCCGGAGGGAGCCAUGGCCACAGGUUUCUGAAAGUGCUAAAAGCCUCAUCAGACAGAUGCUCGACCCCGAUCCCAGAAAGCGUUUGACAGCCGAACAAGUGCUCGAUCACCCAUGGAUACAAAAUGCCAAAAAAGCUCCCAAUGUUCCAUUGGGAGAUAUUGUGAGGGCAAGACUCAAGCAAUUUUCCAUCAUGAACCGAUUCAAGAAGAAAGCACUACGGGUAAUCGCGGAGCACUUAUCUGUCGAGGAGAUAGAAAUAAUAAGAGAGAUGUUCGCAUUGAUGGAUACCGACAAUGACGGGAAGGUAACAUACGAGGAACUAAAAGCUGGGCUGCGGAAAGUUGGCUCUCAGCUCGCAGAGCCAGAGAUAAAAUUGCUUAUGGACGUGGCUGAUGUAGAUGGAAACGGGGUUUUGGAAUACGGGGAGUUUGUCGCAGUAACAAUCCACCUACAGAAGAUGGAGAACGACGAGCAUUUCCGCAAGGCGUUCAUGUUCUUCGACAAAGAUGGGAAUGGGUACAUCGAACUGGAUGAGCUAACAGUAGCUCUAGCCGAAGAAUCGGGCGAACCUGAUCUCGAUGUGCUCAACAACAUCAUGCAGGAAGUCGACACGGAUAAGGAUGGGAGAAUCAGCUACGACGAAUUUGUGGCUAUGAUGAAAACAGGGACGGACUGGAGAAAGGCGUCGCGACAAUAUUCGAGAGAACGGUUCAAGAGCUUGAGCCUUAAUCUGAUGAAAGAUGGCUCCCUACAGCUCCAGGAUGGACUUACUGGUACAAGUGUUGUAGUUUGAAAGUUACUACAAAUGGUUAGUUUUCUGCCUUAGGAUAGCCACAUAUAGUGUUUUCCAGUAUGUGUGUGUUUUCUUCCACGAGAAUAUACAUAUAUAUCUAUAUAUUGGCUAAUGGAUCUGGAAAAUUCAUUUAUUCAGAUGAGAAAUUGCACAGUUUAUAGUAUAAAUUCAUUGGAGUGAAGCAUUCACUCUGAUAAAGCUUAUGUGAGUUUUUGUUAUAAUCGAGGUGGACAAAAAAAUCAACCUGUCAAGCUGUUGAACUGAAUUCAAUUUUCGGUUAUUCGAACAAAUUGGAUUCGAAUACAAAUACUGCAUAUUUGAUAUUUGUUUAGUU